GUGGGGGACCGGUGGGACAUGGGGACAGCCGUGCGCUGGGAUGCUACACCCGGGACGUGGGGACAUGGGGACAGCGGUACCCGGGGGUGCAGGGACGUGGCGAUGGAUGGGGACAGCCAUACCCUGGGGAUGCCACGGUCGGGAUGUGGGGACGGCUGGGACAAGGGGACAGGCGUGCACAGGGAUGUAGGGAUGACUGGGACACGGGGACGGCUGGGACACGUGGACAGCUGCACCCCAGGGUGUGGGGACAGCCACAUUUGGGGACCUCGGGGUGACUGGGACACGGGGACAGCCAUGCUUGGGGACACCGGGACAGCCGUGUUCCGGGAUGCUGUGCAUGGGGACGUGGGGACAACUGGGACACGGGGACAUCGCCACUCCCUGCUCCCUCUGUCCCCAGGCUUUGCGGUGGCUCUCGUCCAGUCCCCGCUCACCCCGGCCACCCAGGCGGCCCCGCGGGACGAUGAACGUGCUGGCUCCGGUCCGCAGGGACAGGGUCAUCGCCGACCUGCCCCCGUGUUUUCGGAAGGAGGCCGCCCUGCACGCCCGCCCUGCCUUCCACCCCACGGUGGCCAGCGCUUGCCAGGAGCAGCGGACGGGCACCGUGGGGUUCAAGAUCUCCAAGAUCAUCGUGGUGGGGGACCUCUCGGUGGGGAAGACCUGCCUGAUCAACCGCUUUUGCAAAGACACCUUCGAUAAGAACUACAAGGCGACCAUCGGGGUGGAUUUCGAGAUGGAGCGGUUCGAGGUGCUGGGGGUGCCCUUCAGCCUGCAGCUGUGGGACACGGCCGGCCAGGAGCGCUUCAAGUGCAUCGCCUCCACCUACUACCGGGGAGCGCAAGCCAUCGUCAUCGUCUUCGACGUCAACGACGUGGCAUCCCUGGAGCACACGCGGCAGUGGCUGGCUGAUGCCCUGAAGGAGAACGACCCAUCCAACGUCAUCCUCUUCUUGGUGGGCUCCAAGAAGGACCUGAGCACGCCGGCGCAGUACAGCCUGAUGGAGAAGGAUGCUCUGAAGGUGGCCCAGGAGAUGCAGGCGGAGUAUUGGGCUGUCUCCUCGCUCACCGGGGAGAACGUGCGGGAUUUCUUCUUCCGCGUGGCGGCACUGACCUUCGAGAGCAGCGUGCUGGCCGAGCUGGAGCGCAGCAGCGCCCGCAAGAUCGGCGACACCGUGCGCAUCAGCAGCAACGAGAGCGACCUGUACCUGUCGGCACCCCGCAAGAAACCCAAGUGCUGCCAGUGAGGCCCCCCCCGGCUGCGCUCACACCUCUGGACCAAAGAGGGGUGGCCCCGGCCGGCCCCGAGGAGCUGCCCCCGGCCCCCCCGGCCCCCCCACCUGCCCAGGCACCCACAGCCGGGGCGGGCAGGAGCGCCCGUGCGGCUGCCUUAGCUAUGCAAACCCAGGUACCGCUUGCAGGGGGAGAUGCCCCCGGGCUCCCGUUUUUCUUAAUAAAACU